AUGGUUCUAGGUAUAUAUCUGAACUCUCCAAACUCAGAUCAAGAAUCACCAAUGAUAAUUGAAGACGAGAUAGACCUAUUGACCCUGUCCACGGCGCCAAAGACCAUAUGGAAAAGAUCACUGAAGAUCAGUGAACUCUCACCUGAAUCCGAAUUAUCCAUCCCGACGUUCCCUUAUCCCACCGAAGGAGAAUGCGGACAAUCCAGCUUGGGGUUACUCAACGUACCCUGCCUCGAAUCAAUAUCAAUGUCCCGUAUAACUUCAGCAGAAGGGGAGGAAGAUCCAUUUGGAUAUUCAGACAUCCUGUCUUCGUUCCCUUCCACCCGACGUCCUUCCAUUAGUGCUUUGAACAUAGACAUGGAUAUAGAGCAAUGUCCACCUUCACCUAUAUUACGUCCUACGAGCUGUCUACGAGAUUCUAUCGACUGUUUACGCCUCAAUGCAUAUCCACGGACUACAAUGGAUAUGGAUAUGGAGAUGGAAGAAGAUGAUGAUGAUCACUCGUCAGAAUCAUCUUUUGGUCAUUCCCCAUGUUUCCACCUCCGUUCCGAUCGUAUAUCCCAGUUCGAAUCACCAAUAUCAGAUGUAGGAUCAGAAUCAGGGUUGGAAGAAUUGAUCAUAACCCCUUUUUCAGAUAUCUUAAAUCUACCUCACUACCAUCACUACAUCCAAGACGGUUAUCCUUCACAACCCGAGGACGUAGGAGGGGAAGGAUAUUCUCAACCCAGGUUCGGAAGUAGUAAUUAUCCUACUAGUCCGGAUUGUAUAGGUCUAGGUAUCAACUUUGGUUCACCUUCACCUUCCACAACUCUUUCUGGUCCUCGACAGGAAAUCCAUUUAUCUAUGCCAAUGCCAGCUCCAGUAACGAUCAGGGGUAAAUCUAUCGAUUGGUCGACAUUCCGUAUAAACCUUCUUUCCAAUUCUGAUGACACCUCACGAUCGUCGGAUACAGAAGAAGGAACUAUAGAUAUAUACAUGUCGGAUAGAUCAGGGGGACUACAAAGUUCUCCUAUAUCUUAUUACAGUCCUCUAUGUCGGAAUUGA